AUGGACAAGGACCGCAAGGACGGACCAGACCCGUACGCGGCGCUCCGGCAGACCGUUGGUGACACGCUCACGCGCCUUCGCGACGACGUCGACAGCAACCUUGUCAUGUUCCGCUACGGCUGCAUGGUCACGAUGCUUGGCUGCGUCUACGUGACUGUACGCUCGACUGGCGCGCUCACGCGCUUCUCGACGAUUCCGACGCUGCCACUUGGGAAGAAGGUCGUCGCGCGCGUAGUAGGCCAGCACCCGAAAGACCCGACCGUGCUCUACGUGUACCACACGCCGUUCCUUCGGCGCGUGCUCUUGCGCGAGACGCUGCCUCGCGGCAUGUCUGGCCACGAGCUCAUCGGAGACCCGGCGAAAUGCGGCGUCCUCGCUGUCCGGCCUUUUGGCGUGCAGUUUGAGACCGACGACUUUCUGUACUCACAACUCGUGUCCAAGCAGCGCUAUGUCAAGCUCGAAUGCUUUAUCGGUAUGACCAAGGACCCGGAUCUCGGCGUCUGUGCCAUGUCCACACGCAGUUACAUUCGCCGCCAAGACGUGGCCGAGACGGCAGUCUCGCAAGGCGUUGGUGUCUGCCGCGUCGAGUCGUUUGCAGAAAAGGGCGUCACAAGCGCAAGCUGCGUCCCCAAGAUGGAAGCCCGCGCCCAGCGGCUCCUACACUGCGAGAAGCACGCGCAGACCAUGCGGUUUGGCCGCUGGAAGGACUGGCAAGAAGACGAGCUCAGCCAGCGCAUCGUUUCGGCGGGCAAGCGCGCGUCCAACGCAGCGCUGCACAAGGUCUUUGGUGUCUUUAAGUCGUAG